UGUAACGUUAGCUUUUUGUCAGUGGUGUCUGGGGAUCUGCUUGUUGCAACCAUAAGCUCACACAUACUGUCACCGUAUUGAAACUGUUGGUUACAAUGGAUAUGUUGGGCGACGAUGAAGCGAAUGAUCCGAAAUACAAACCUGGCGGCCGCUUGGAUAUGAGCCACGGCUUCCUGUACCAUAUCCGGAGGAACCAAAUUGCUAGAGAUGACUAUGAUAAAGAGGUGAAGCAAGCCAAAGAGGUGAAGCAAGCCAAAGAGCUCCAGCGGCGGAGGCAAACAAUAACCCCUAGACGACCCCGGCGCCCUGAUAUUCAAGUGUACCAUCCUCGAAGCAGACAUGGAUCAGAGCCAGGGGCCGGUGCUGAGGCUGAAGAGUCUAAUGAGAGUGGGUCAAGCACCGAGACAGAGACCCAUGGUACUGAACUCUUCUGGCUCGACUAUCAGGCAGACUCUGGUACCCUUACCUCCUUCCUGGUGCACAAGGAGGAUAAGCCGGAGAAGGUGGUGGAUCGUGUCGCAGAGAAGAACAUCCUGGAUUCAGCAAUGAGGGCAGCUCUAGAGGCUCGAAUUCGGAAGGAAAUUGACAAAAGACGAGAAAAACGCUGAAGGAUAUUUUCAAACAGUUGACUAUAAUCACAGAGGGGCAACGGGCAAAGAGGAGCAAUACUUCAUUUGCAGUUCUGCACUUCAACAUAGCAUUAAAGCUGUUGACAGUGUUGGGGACAUAAUGUGGACUCUGGGAUCGUGUGCGGUGACUAUUAGCAGAGAUCCAACUUGAUGAGCCACAAUUAAUGUCUUUUGUUUUUGAAGGAGAAGGAACAGCACUUAUCAAAGACAGUAUGGUUGGGUCUCGACUGUCAGGUUCAUGUUUACUACAUUUGUCUUGCCUCCUAUUGUUACCUCAAACCCUUGUGCAUAAGUUUAAGAACACUUUUUACACCUCAAGUUGACUGGACCUAUGAACUGAUAUUGUUGCUUUCUAACAGUUAAAAUUCAGAAAAGGAUCAAUAUGCUCUUUGAAAGAGAACACUGUUAACCUCCCUCCUCUGUUGAACAUGUUCUGUGUUCUUGUGUUUACAAAGAUCUAGCUUUUAUAAAUAAGCGUAACCAUUUUUUGGGGGUAAAAUGCUGUGAACGUAACAUCAGUCUAUCAGUGAUUCUAUGUUUAGACAUGUGAGAAUAUAGUUUUGUUUCGAGUGUGGCUGUAGCCAUGAUAAUGUGUUCGUGUGGCAACAGUGUUUCAUUGUUUUGAGUAUUCUAAUUUAUUAUGGAUUUUUGAAAUACUUUUAUUUUUGAUACUGAAUAUUUUUUGAGGAUUCUUUAUGUACAAAAAAAUGACAAAUAUAUAAAAGCCAUUUAUUUAGUCCAAUUGUGUCUGGAUGUGCACUUAUGGACUU